AUGUCAUUUGGCGACGCCAUUGGUCCGUUUCCUUCCAUUUAUCUCUUUUUUAUUCUAUUCCUUAACCUUUUCUUUCUCUAUUUUUUCUUCUAUUUAACCUUUUCUUUCUCUCUUUUUUAUUCUGCUUUUAACCUUUUCUUUCUCUCUCUUUUUUAUUCUGCUUUUAACCUUUUCUCCUUUUCUUUCUCUCUUUUUAUUCUGCCAUUUAACCUUUUCUUUCUUUCUUUAAUUAUUCCCUUCUUUUUUGUUGCCAUUUUCGUUUCUUAUCUACUCUCAUUACUUUCAAACAUUUAUUUCACUCACUCUCUCCCACACUCUCUAUCUCUAUCUCUCUCCCUCGCUACCUAUCUCUCUAUCUCCUUACUUCUCCCCUCUCUCUCUUUCUAUCUCCUUCCCUCAACCCUCUCCCUUUCUAUCUCUCCCACUCUCCCUCACUCCCACUCUCUCUCUCUAUCUUUUUACCUCUCCACCUAUCUCUCUAUCUCCUUCACUCUCCCCUCCCUUUCAAUCACUCCCUCACUCUCUCUCAAUCUCUAUCUCUUCCACUCUACCUAUCACUCUAUCUCCUUCAAUCUUCCCUCUUUUUCUAUCUCUCUCCCAUUCUCAAUCUCUCCCACUCUCUCUAUCUCUCUCCCCGCCACCUAUCUCUCCUUUCUCUCUCCCCUCUCUCUUUCUCUCUCUCCGUCUCUCACUCUCUCACCCACUCUCUCUCCAUCCACCUAUCUCUCUAUCUCCUUCCCUCUCCCCUCUCUUUCUAUCUCUCCCUCACUCUCUCUCACUCUCCAACUUUCUCUCUAUUUCUGUCCCUCUCCACAUAUCACUCUAUCUCCUUCCCUCUCCCGAUCUUUCUAUCUCUCUCCCGCUCUCACUCUCUCUUCCACUCUCUCUAUAUCUCUCCCUAUCCACCUAUCUCUCUAUCUCCUUCCCUCUCCCCUUUCUUUCUAUCUCUCUCACCCUCUCUCUCUACCCCUCUCUAUCUCUCUCCCUCUAGAACCUAUCUCUCUAUCUCCUUCCAUCUCCCCCUCUCUUUCUUUAUCUCUCUCCCUCUCUCCCACUCUCUCUAUCUCCCUCUCCCACUCUCUUUAUCUCCCUCUCUCUCCCAAAACAUUUUCCGCUCUGUCAAAUCAUCUUCUCUUUUUCUGUUUUCAUCCUAUCUGA